AUGGUUCAUCUCGGAAAGAGCAAAGAUAAAAACAUCUCGCCACCCACCGCUGGAGAGGUAGAGGUCCUCCUGGGUCAAGCCCAAGAGGUCUACGGCCUCAUCAAGAAAGCCGCCGCCAGCAGCAAGACGGGCGACCGCAAGCGCAACAAUGCCGAGCUCCUGGUCCAGCUCGGCAAAACAGCCAAAGGCGUCGUGAAUUUUGCAGUCGACCAGCGCCGGAAGCACGCGGCAAAAAAAGAUCUCGCGCGUCGAGACAUCGCUUGCACCAUUCCAUACUCGCGCACCGUGAGGACUCAGUCUGCCGUACCGGAUAUUCCGACAUUCCAGGCACGUUUCCAGUUUCGAGGUCCGUUUGAAUCCAUUGUUGUGGAUGCUGGCCCAUCGCCUGAAGAAGGGGUCACAUCCUCGAUAUGA